AUGCUUCUUUUAGUACUAGUUAUUUUGUUUUUCUUGGAAAAUGUUAAACCAGGUAAGGAACAUAUUGCUGGAGCGUGUCACGAUCCUUUAGUUUUUGGAACUACUCCCUGCAAUAAACAAUGGUCAAUCCGAUACCAUAUGGAUGUUCCGACUGAAACGUGUCUCGCUUUCAAUUUCACAGGAUGUGGGGACAACUGGAAUAACUUCGAAACAUCUCAAGCUUGCUAUGAACAAUGUUUGCCAGUAGAUCAUCACAAGUGCCCAGCAGCAAGCACAAUUUAUAAAACGAUAACAGGAAGAACAGCAUGUACGGAUGAUUGUGAUUGCGGAACCGGAAGAUAUUGUGAUAUUGGACAAGGACAUGGGCAUUGCUGUGAACAAGAAAUUAAAGACAAAGUUGACUCCGAUUACAAUCCUCCGUGCCCUCUUGGUCAGUCAUCCGUGAAACAAAAACUCAAUGGAAUCACGAUUCAACUUCUCGCUUUACCGCCACAAUGUACAGCACCAUUAGUAAUGAAUUCGAACGGGUCAGAUAACUGCAAGCCAAAACCGAAACUAAAGUUUCAUUUUGAUGUUUCGACUGCUUUUUGUAUGAACUUCCAAUCGAAUGAAUGCCUGAAAAAUGAAAAUAGUUUUGACAGUGUUGGUACUUGUGCAUCAACUUGCUUGAAAGAAAACUACAAAGGAUGCCCUUUCCGACGGAAUCCAGUAAUACCGUUUCAGUGUCGUAGCAAUAAAGAUUGCAAUCGAAACGUUAACAGCGAUCAGAAGGAUUUGCUCUAUUGUACACGAGAAGGAACAUGUUGUAAAAGUGCAGAUCUCGCAGAGCUUAGAUCUGUAUUCAACGUGACUUGUCCUCCAGGUCGCCAAAAAGUGCAGUACACUUACAAAAGCUCAACAAGGCUUCUUAUUGGGAAAAGUUGUGAUUCGAAGAUGUGUCCAGUGAAUUCCACUUGCCACAAAGAAAAAUAG